GAAAACACGACUUUGCCACGUAAUUAGGGCGCUCCUCAUCCGUCUGUCCGUCAAAGCCGCGACUCAUUUAUUCUCCAGCAGCCGAGCAGAGCGGACUGAGAGAGAGAGAGAGAGAGAGAGAGAGAGAGAGUGUUGUGUAGCGUGUGUGGCGUGUGGUGUGUGUGUGGGAAGAAGAGAACGUGGAGCUCAUCAUCAUCAUCAUCAUCAUCAUCAGAGCUCGUGCUCACUCUCGGAGACGCGCAAAACUUUGUGACAGAUGCUGAAGAGCCCGGAGCGCGAGCGCGCGCCCUGACCUGGAGAAGUGCGUUACUCUAUCUGGAGUUGUCCCGGAAAGAGAGAAACGGAUUCAUGACUAGGUUUCGGAUCUGACAGAAGACAGAAGACACGGCAGAGAGAUAAAGCUCUGUCCUGAAUUGAUUCUCAGCUCCUGAGUGAAAUCCAUGUUUGCUGCGGCGCGCUCUCGGAGGCUGUGCGCGCGCCACUUCCGCUCCCUCACCGCCGCAGCUUGAGUCAUGACUUCUGGUUAUACAGCGCAUGUAAUGGACAGAGCGAUCACUGCGGCCAACCUGGACCAUUUACACGCCAAGAAGAACUUCUCCGUGAGCCACCUGCUGGACCUGGAGGACGCGCGGGAGAUGGCCGGAGCUCAGGCCGAGGAGAGCAGCGCGGAGGCGGGCACAGGAAGCCUGGAGUCUCCGGGGCUCACCAGCGGCAGCGACACGGCGCAGCAAGACAAUGAGCAGCUGAACUCAGAGGAGAAGAAGAAGCGGAAGCAGAGGAGAAACAGGACCACGUUUAACAGCAGUCAGCUGCAGGCACUGGAGCGGGUGUUUGAGAGGACGCAUUACCCGGACGCCUUCGUCAGGGAGGAUCUGGCGCGCAGGGUUAAUCUCACCGAGGCUCGUGUGCAGGUGUGGUUUCAGAACAGAAGGGCUAAGUUCCGGCGUAACGAGCGCGCACUGCUGGCGAGUAAAAACGCCUCACUGCUCAAAUCCUACUCCGGAGACGUGACAUCGGUGGAGCAGCCGAUCGUACCACGGCCAGCUCCGAGGCCGAGCGAUUACCUAUCCUGGGGAAGCUCACCUCCGUACAGCGCCAUGGCCUCCUACUCGCCAUCAUGUGCCAACAACAACACAGCGCAGGGCGUGAACAUGGCCAACAGCAUCGCCAACCUGAGACUGAAGGCCAAGGAGUACAGCAUGAACCAGGUGCCGACCGUCAACUGAGAGAGGAAAAGAACUACAAACGCGGGCGACGUGUGGCACCGAGCUGCCAUGAUCCCCAACAAAGCCCUUUCACACAAACGUUUUCUCUGUGUGGACUCGAAGGCUCGGAAGAAAAACAUGUGUAAAGAAAACUUCUAAAGCAGUGAUUGACGUCAACGGUGGUCAUAUUUUUGGCAGAGUGGGGAAAAUUCGUCUCAACUCAACUCUGGAAAAACGUGAAAUGGAAAGUGUGUGUUUUCACGUUUGCCACGGCUACACGGGCGUUGCUCCUCGAGUAGGAGAUUUACUCGAGAGUUCUGGAGACUGAAGCAGCUCCACGGAUGAACUUUUUGGAAUGUAGCAGUGCAAAUCCCGUGAACGUUCAGGGAGCCUUCAGGACUUUUCCUUGAUUUCUCCUGGGACGUAAUCAAGACCACAGACUUUUUUUUUUUUUAGGAAAAAUGUACCUUUGUAAUGAAUAUACUAAGAUUUUGCCUUUGGGAUUAUGUGACUGACAUGCAUUUUAAAGCAUGUCAAAGCAUUCAUAGGUCUCCACACACACUCACACACACACACACACACACACACAUGCACACACAGCAUAACUACACAAACAGGAAGUACACAUAUUGUGUGUGUGUGUGUAUAUAUAUAUAUAUAUAUAUAUAUAUAUAUAUAUAUAUAUAUAUACAUACAUACACACACACACACACACACACACACACACACACACACACACACAACACCUUGCCAAUUUGUAUAAAUUUGUAUUAAAAAUAAAAAAUACUAGCCAUGGAAAGGUUGACCAGUUGACCAAUCAGAGGUCUUGUCUUUAUAUUUACCAUACAGCUGCACUGAUUUAAAACCACAUGUAAACAGCUGUUAUUAGUUGUCUGGAAAUCUGGGUGUGGCCUCUGUGCCUGUCAGUCCCAGUCAUAGGGAAGGAGGUGUGGCCUCUCUGCUUGUAAGUCUGAGAGCAGGCGUGGCUUCUAUGUAUGGAGUUCAAGCUCUGGUCUUUUCUUAUGAUGAAAAGAAAAUGGCAACUUCUUGCAUUACUUCUUUCUUAAGAUUCACCUUAUAAUUGGUUUUUGCGCUUCAGUUUUAUACUAGUCUUGACUUAAUGGGGCGGGGAAAGACGAGUGAGGCGUAGCCAGGAUGUCACGUACAUGCUAUAUGGUCAGCUUCAAUAUAUAUAUAUAUAUAUAUGUAAAACGUUUGUAACUCACUGAGGGUAUUAAAGACCUCAAUUUAACUCCAUAUAUGCGCCUGUCAGUGAAGGAGGCAACGCUUGUGUGCAUGCCAGUCUGACAGGAGGCAUGACCACUGUGACUGUCAGUCCAGUUAGAGGAGGCGUGGCCUGGGUACCUGUCAGUCUAAGAGUAGGUGUGACCUCUUUACAUGGAGUUCAAGCUCUGCUGUUUAUUGUCUUUUCAUCAUAAUCAAUCACAGAGAUUGCUGGAAAGACACAGCAUGCAACAUUUGCUUCUUUCCAAUAAUUCUUUUAUGAUACAAUUUUCUUUCAGUUUUUGCAUUACUUCUUUCAUGUUUUAUAAUUGUCAUUUGUUCGCUUCACUUUUGCUUUGUUUUAAUGAAAAGGACCAGGGAAAAAAUUGUGAUGUAAAACCACAGAGGAUGACACGUUAUGUACAUGAUCAGCGUUAAAAUAUUUCUAUCUAAAUACUGCAUCAAUACUGAGUGCUCAGUGUUUUAUAUUUUCUCUUUUUCAUAAACGUUAAAGAUCUUGAUUUGAUUUCUGUACCUGCGUGCUGCAGUGACGUAGCCGUCUCUCAGUCCAGGUGAAGGAGGCGUGGCCUGUGUGUCUGUCAGUCCCAGUCCAGGUGAAGGAGGCGUGGCCGCUGUGUCUGUCAAUCCCAGUCCAGGUGAAGGAGGCGGGGCCUCUGUGUCUGUCAGUCUCAGUCCAGGUGAAGGAGGCGUGGCCUGUGUGUCUGUCAGUCCCAGUCCAUGUGAAGGAGGCGGGGCCUGUGUGUCUGUCAGUCUCAGUCCCGGCGAAGGAGGCGUGGCCUGUGUGUCUGUCAGUCCCAGGGAAAGGAAGUGUGGGCUCUAUACCUCUUAGCGUUAGCCCCUUACCCACAGCUCAGUCAAUUAAAACUAAACAAAUAAAUCAUUUAUAUGUAUCUUUCAUACAUCCGAUCAUUGAUCACAUAUCAUAUCAUCUCAAAACUAAAGAUCUACAUCCCUAAUAUAAUACACUAAAUAGGCAGUUCCUCCUGAAUUAAUGUGGUACAAGAUGCUGUUGAAGCACAUACCAAUUAAAUACAGCUCAUGCAGUGUGUGUCUGUGUGUGUGUGUGUGUGUGUGUGUGUGUGUGUGUGUGUGUGUGUGUGGGUGUGAGGCCUUUACCUUUGCUUUUCUUUUUAAAUAUGGCUUGAGUAUAUCUGAUUCUGUAAUAUUCUUAUGCAAUAAAACAUCUGCAAGCAGCAUAAUAACAAA